ACGCUGUGAGCCGGGGUUAAUAUUUAGUGUCGAACGUGAGACGCAUCACAAACGUGUUGGACAGACAGAGAGAGACAGAGACAGAGACAGAGACAGAGGAGAUCGUUGUUGAAGCCGCUCUUUUCCUUCGGAUUCAUUUAUCUUCGUAAUCUUCGUCUUCAUCAUCGUCCCCCAUGUCGGUUCUUCCUCUGCGGGUUAAAAUCCUGCGACGGGUCUGGAGGUUAAAAGACGUCUUCAUCCUCGUCUGCAGCCCCUUCAUCCUGCUGCCGCUGGCGCUGAGCACCACGGAGGCGGCCUGUGCUUAUGUCAUAGCCCUCAUGGCGGUUUACUGGUGCACUGAGGUGCUGCCGCUGGCGGUGACGGCGCUGCUGCCGACCAUCCUGUUCCCCGUCCUCGGCAUCAUGGAGUCCAAAGAUGUGUGUAUGCAGUACCUGAAGGACACCAACAUGCUGUUUGUGGGGGGGCUGAUGGUGGCCGUGGCCGUGGAGCACUGGAACCUCCACAAACGAAUCGCUCUCCGAGUCCUGCUGCUGGUCGGAGUCCGACCCGCGCUCCUGAUGCUUGGGUUCAUGGGAGUGACGGCCUUCCUUUCCAUGUGGAUCAGCAACACCGCCACCACCGCCAUGAUGGUCCCCAUCGUCCAGGCCGUCCUGGACCAGCUCCACGGCAACGUAGACCCCGAAACCCCCCCAAAGACCCAGAGCGCUGCUGAUAAGCAACAACAUGAGGAGAAAACCACCGGCGUCCUGCAAACCACCGCCGCAACCGUCCUGAAGAAAGGUGUGAAGGAGGAAACGGAGACGCAGGAUGAUUCAGAAGAAACUAAAAACCUUCCAGACGAUGCGCUGCCCGAGAGAGAAGCUGAUUCAGAAAAUCAAAUGGACAAAGAGGAGAUGAUCAAACCAACACCGUCUGACGGCAGCAGUCCAGUCGUGCUCAGUGUCAUUGGUCACAUGGACCUGGAGGAGCUGAGCGACGAUGAGGACGAGAGGAGGAAGAUGAGUAAAGGCCUCCUGCUGUGUGUCUGCUACGCCGCUAGCAUCGGAGGCAUCGCCACUCUGACCGGGACCGGACCCAACCUGGUCCUGGUCGGACAAAUGAGCCAACUCUUCCCUCGGAACGGAGACGUGGUGAACUUUGCGUCCUGGUUCGCCUUCGCCUUUCCCACCAUGGUGCUGAUGCUGACGCUGGCCUGGUUCUGGCUGCAGUUCCUCUACAUCGGCUGCAAUCUGAGGAGGACGUGGGGAUGUGGAGCGGUCCAGUCUCAGAAGGAGAGAGCGGCGUACGAGCUGAUCAGGGCCGAGCAUGGACGCCUGGGGUCCAUGAGCUACGGGGAGUUCAGCGUCCUGGCGCUCUUCAUGCUCAUGGUGGCGCUGUGGUUCACCAGAGACCCACGCUUCAUGGAUGGCUGGGCCACCCACGCCUUCAACAGCAGGGCCGAGUUUGUUACUGAUGCGACCGUCUCUCUGUUUGUUGCCGUGCUGCUGUUCGUUCUUCCCUCCGAGCCUCCGAGGUUCCUCUGCUUCUGGAGGAGCUGUGACACAGAGUCCCAGGUCUCCAGAGGCCCCGCCCCUUCACUGCUCACCUGGCAGGUGACGCAAAAGAAGAUGCCUUGGAACAUCGUGCUGCUACUGGGAGGAGGCUUCGCUCUGGCUAAAGGCAGCGAGGAGUCCGGUUUGUCCCGAUGGCUCGGUGCCCAGAUGACGCCGCUCCACUCCAUCCCUCCGUGGGCCAUCGCCGCCAUCCUCUGCCUCCUCAUCGCCACCUUCACGGAGUGCGCUAGCAACGUUGCCACGGCAACGCUCUUCCUGCCCAUUCUGGCCUCCAUGUCUCAGUCGAUCAGCCUGAACCCGCUCUACGUCAUGAUCCCCUGCACCCUCAGCGCCUCCUUCGCCUUCAUGUUGCCGGUGGCAACACCUCCCAACGCCAUCGUCUUCUCUUACGGCUUACUCAAAGUCUCCGACAUGGCGAGGACCGGCGUGGUGAUGAACAUCAUUGGAAUCGGCUGCAUCAGUCUGGCCAUCAACAGCUGGGGUCGCGUCAUAUUUUCUCUGGACUCCUUCCCCUCGUGGGCCAACGCCACCGCUCCUGUGUAGAGUUAUUCACUCAACAUGAACGUUUAACACUCAACUCUGGGCAUUCGAGGGAAGUACCCCUGCAGGGAAUUUGCUCUUUUAUGGCAGCGUAGACACAAUUCAACCUUUGGACAUUUUAUUUCUCUCCGUUGGGCUCAUUAUACGAUCCAGAAGAAGAUGGAGAUUUACACAUGGAACUCCCCAGGACCCCAGCCACCAAGGCUACAUGCUACAUAGCAAUGCUAAGCUAGCUUUUACUGCAAGAUGGCUGUGUUGUGUUUAUUAUCUGUAGUACCGCCAAUGGACCACUAUAUGGAGGCAAAAUACUUAUGACAAUCAGACACAAGGAUCUGAUCCUUUCAGGUAAGUCACCAUGUGGUGCAUACUACCGGGUUCGUGGAGUGUUAGUAAAUAAUGCUUUCCACUAUUCCAGUUUGUUUAUUAAUUAAUUAUUACAUAAUAACAAAGAUGUGCAGGACUAACUGAGUAUUAUUUAUGAUAGUAGCAAUGACCUCAUGAUCAGAUUCUGUCAGGAAAGUCAUCAUGUGGUGCAUAGUACUGGGCUCAUCAGGUAAAAAUCCAAUUACUUAUAAAAAAUAAAAUAAAAAAUGAGAGUAGAGAGUUGAUUGGAAUAAAAUACUUGUUUAAGCUUUUAAUUUGAUAUAUUUGAUAGAUAGAUAUGUUUGAAAAAGUAGCUGAACACUCAUAAAAUAAAAUAGUUUGAGUUGGUGUAUUUCUCCUCUGGGUUUAAACAUGAAUACGUCUUUACACUGAUGACACCGUUUUAUAUUUGUGUUACUGAUUCUCUUUAAUUUGUCAUCUAGCAUUAUUUCCUCCAUGAUGAUUUCCUUAUUGUUGAUGUUUUUUAUUUGGAAAACUGUGAAUGUCUGUAAUUAGUAAAGAGUCUGUUUGUUUUCUAUUGUUUUCUAUUUAAACUAAAAUAACACAGUUUUUAUGUUUUCUAUACAUUUGUAACUUUCAGACUUUUGUACCGUGUGGUUGCUACAGUUUUAUCAGUUAUUAAUAAAGAUUCAUAUUUGAA